AUGUUUGACAAACCCCAGGACUUGAAGUCUCACCAGGAAACCCAUAACCCUCACGAUUUGGAGAAGAAUAUGAAGAGCUUCUGCGAACCCUUAGUCUAUGUAGAUGUAUCAGAGAUCAGCUGCAAGUUAUGUUACGCGAGAAUGGAUGACGUAUUUCAACUUGUAGACCAUUUGAUAAUCCUACAUGAGAUACCUUUUGAUAGAGAAAUUGGCAUCAGUUUGGUGCCUUUAAACUUGGAUGAAGGACCGAAAUGCUUCUUUUGUGCGAUGGUUUUGAAAACCUACGCAUUGUUACUCGCGCAUAUGAAUAAUUUUCACAAGAACUACUUUAAAUCUUCAUGCGCCAAGUGUGGGAGACAGUUCAAAGGUUACGAAGACUUGUGUCGACACGCGAAAAAUCAGAUCUUAGACGAUUACCAGAAAUGUUCGCAAUGCGGUUUGCUGGUGAGUUACGGGGUUUUACGAGCUCAUAUGAAGGAUGUACACGGAAAGAGGUACAAAUGCUUAAGUUGCUUCGAGUUCUUUACCAGCCAUUACAAACGUUCGAACCAUAUGGCCGAUGUUCACAAUCGGAGAGACAGAGUCAAGUGCUCCUAUUGCAAUAAGACGUUCAUCUUCAAGAGUAUCAUGCAGAGGCAUGUCAAAGUGAACCAUUUGAAGGUCAAAAACGUGGUGUGCGAUAUUUGUGGUUGGAAAACCUUUGGGAAACAUGCAUUGGUAAAUCACUUGGCGCGCCACACCAGCCUCAGACUGAUCAAGUGUCCCGAUUGUGAUAAGUUCUUCAAAACAAUUCAAUACAUGAAGAAACAUCAUGCCAAGAGUCAUGUUCAAUAA